AUGGCAGCGCAAGGUCCAGUCGUCUUCGAAACGAAGAGCAUACAGGACUUCAUCCGCUAUGUGCUAGCCCAUCAUAAGCCACCGUCGACUCUGGUGGUUUGCUCAUCCAAGGAGCCAUUCCUUCACGCGCUUCAGCUGGAGGCGAGAUCUGUUCCUUCACCUACUGACAACCGUAACAACGACACUACGGUGGACGAGGCCACUCUCGCAAAACAUUUGCUCCACACGCCUACUUUGCGCUUACUGUCUACAGCACGCACGCUGAAGUUGGCGUUCUGCCAGGACAUCACUCACUUACGUGCUUAUCUAGCGACCUACAGCAACUCGAUCACAAAUCGUCACAUGGAAAUCGACACAGCUCUCAGACAGCCCGAUGUACGACCAGUACUGGCUAUUCUCAGCCCCGUCCAGCUGCACAGAUCUACCUCAACCUUUUCGGCCCAAGGUUUGAAUUGCACUUUCUCGGUGGCGGUCGAGGCAGCUCAUCAAACAGGGAGCAGACUCGUUAUGGCAGAGAUUGCGUAUCAAAGCACCAACACCGAGGAUGAAGCUGAUCUUCGCACGCCACCAUCAAACAUCACACCGCACCCAUGGGACGAAGAAGUCUCGAUACUGAACGUCACUACGAAACGCCUCGGCGAACUCUCUUCAGGUCGAAUUGUCAAGAUCAAAGCGAUCGCAUCGCGGUGGUGCGACUUCCAAGAAUUGCCGACUCUCGAGGGCAUGAUCUGA